UUGUUAUUUUCGUUCUGUUCGUUCACAAAACCGAUCCAAAUCGCAUUCCAGCAAGCAUCACAGAAUCCUCAUCGUUUACCGUUACGACGAGUGACCACUGCGAAAGGUAACACAAUCGUGAGUGUUUCGCCCACUUCGAAGCAAUUUAAAUACAAUAUCGAAGUAUUGGAUGCAAUGAGUGAGUUGAAUAAUGCAAAUAAGAUGCCCGCAAUGGAUGAG